AUGGACGAUAUAAAGCAAGAAUGUGACGCGUCGCUGACAGAGAUUUCUCAUUGUAACAUCUCUUUACCCGAGGAACAGUAUUUAUUCGAUUUUUCUAAAUGUGACAAUGUUGAAAAUUGGCAAGAACAAUCCGAUACUGUACGCGACGUUGGGAUGUCCAAAGCUGUGUUUGUACUUCAUAAAAAUACAGCAUACAGACGAGCCAUAUUUUUCGCAUUACUGAAUCCUCAAUUAAAUGGUGCUGGCUUUGCGGGAAUAAGAGCAAUUAAUUCAUAUAACCUCACCGGACAUACAAAGCUGCAGAUUCAAUGUAGAGGGCAAGGGCAAUAUAACGGCUUUAAAGUUGUUUUGAGACACAAAGGAUUGAAUGAUGAACCUAAUUAUUCAUUUGAACAAUAUUUUCAGGCUCCAAAGGAAGAAUUUGCUAUACGUAGUUUGCCAUUCUCCGAAUUUAAAGCUUACUAUAGGGGCAAACGGGUUAACAAUAACGAAACUUUGGAUAUAUCACAAAUAACUAGUAUUGGGAUUCAGAUGUAUGGAGGAGUCUAUCAACCAGUGAAGCAAAAGGGACCUGCUACAUUAGAAAUUGAUUGGAUUAGAGCAGUA